AUGUCUUCCAACGGAGCAGAACGUCUCAAGAACAGAAAACCCAUCAAGAAGCCCGUGCCGGCUUAUCUCCCGGGCCCUGGCUCUGUCCUCACUGUUGAUCAGACCCUCUACUCAACCAUCCGCGACGCACCCCGCGAGCUCAUCCAAGAGUUUACUCUUCCCAUUCGCUCCGGAAAAGCAUGGAAGGCACCUGCUGGGUCAAUCGUAAAGAUUAGUACCCCCGAAGGACCACAAGUUGGCGACUUGAACAUCUGGAACGCCCACAACCCGCGCGAACGCUUCUGGGCGAGUCGCACAAAGCAGCUCCACGCCUCGCACGUCUCAACCUACGACCGUCUCUGGUCCAACCUACCAUACAUGCGUCCUUUGGCGACGAUCAUCAAAGACAGCUUGGAUUGGUAUGGCACCGAUGAGCAUGGUGGUCGAGUGCACGAUUUGCUCGGCACGCGAUGUGAUCCUUACAUCAACACCGUCCUCAGCGGGGGCCAGUAUAACUUCCAAUGCCACUCCAACCUCACCCGCGCGGUUCUUCCCUUUGGACUAAACGAACAGGAUGUUCACGAUGUGAUUAAUAUUUUCCAGGUCACUGGGUUAGAUGAGCAGGGGAGAUACUUUAUGAAUCCUUGUCCGGCGGAGAAGGGCGACCAUAUUGAGUUUUUGGCUGAGCAAGAUCUUUUGAUGGCGUUGAGCACAUGUCCUGGUGGUGAUCUUUCUCUUUGGGGUUUUGGAGAGGAUAGUGAAGAGGAGAUGAUCAAGUGCUGCCGUCCCCUCAAGGUUGAAGUAUAUCGUCUUAAAGAUGAGACGCUGUUGCAGAAGAAUGGGUGGAAGCCAGCUGAAGUGUCGGGCUACAGUGGACGUCACGGACUAGAUGUUCCAUUGGGCGAGAAUAGAGAAGAAAAGGCCUAG